AAAUCAUUUUGCCCAGUCACAAACAUAGGAUUAGUGUUAGAAAACCCCUCUUGUUAAUUUCACCGUCGUUUUGUCUUUGUUGUUUAUUGCUUGUGCUUAAUGGUUUCAGUUUCACUGAAGAAUUCCGCAAAACCACUCCGUAGACUUUGAACAUUGAAAAAUCUUUGCCCCAUUGACGACUAAAGUGCAAUCUUUGCAUUUCUUUUCGUCGACGGAGGCACAACUAAAACCUUUUUCAACCCUCGACUUUUCUCUCUCUUCAAUGGAAUCGUGCUUGUAACGCAACCCAACCCAACCCAUCUCAACUACCUCCACAAGCUUCAUUUUUUCCAUCUUCAAUCCAAGUUUUUGGGUGAAAAAAUAGUCGGAAAUCAAGGAAUUGAAGAUUGGAGGUAGAAUUAAUUGAUGGGUCUCGUUUCAAGAACAACAACAACAACAACCCAAGAAGGUUUACCAGUUUCAGUUUCAACAACGGUUCCGAAGAAGAAAUGGUCGAAUUUAAUGCCUUUAUUUGUAGCACUUGUGGUUAUUGCGGAGAUCGCGUUUUUGGGUAGGUUGGAUAUGGCUAAGAACGCAGCUACUGUUGCUGACUUGUUCUACCGGUCACGUGCGGUGGUUGAAGGUGAUGAUUUUGGGUUAGAGAUGGUUGGUGGUGAUAAGAAUUUGGAAUUAGAGAGUGAAAGUUGUGAGGAGUGGUUGGGGAGAGAGGAUGCUGUUCCAUAUUCAAGGAACUUUACUAAGGAACCUGUUUUUGUUUCUGGAGCUGAACAGGAAUGGAAGUCAUGUUCAGUGGGAUGUAAAUUUGGGUUUAAUGGGGACCGGAAACCUGAGGCUGCAUUUGGCUUACCUCAGCAAGCUGGAACAGCAAGUGUUCUGAGAUCAAUGGAGUCGGCACAAUACUAUGCAGAGAACAAUCUUGCCAUGGCACGACGGAGGGGAUAUCACAUUGUCAUGACAACCAGUCUAUCAUCCGACGUCCCUGUUGGAUAUUUUUCAUGGGCUGAGUAUGACAUCAUGGCACCGAUAAAGCCAAAAACUGAAAAAGCUCUUGCAGCUGCUUUUAUUUCCAAUUGUGGUGCUCGAAAUUUCCGGUUGCAAGCUCUCGAAGCCCUGGAAAAAACAAACAUCUCGAUUGACUCUUAUGGUAGUUGUCAUAGGAAUCGUGAUGGAAGAGUGGACAAACUGGAAACCCUGACGCGCUACAAAUUUAGCUUAGCAUUUGAAAAUUCUAACGAGGAGGAUUAUGUAACUGAAAAGUUUUUCCAGUCGCUUGUUGCUGGAACUAUCCCUGUGGUUGUUGGUCCUCCAAAUAUUCAAGAUUUUGCUCCUUCUCCUGGUUCAUUUUUAUACAUCAAAGAACUAGAGGAUGUUGAGUCUGUUGCCAAGUCCAUGAGAUACCUAGCAGAAAACCCUGAAGCAUAUAAUCAAUCAUUGAGGUGGAAGUAUGAAGGGCCAUCUGAUUCCUUCAAGGCCCUUGUGGAUAUGGCAGCUGUACAUUCAUCUUGCCGCCUUUGCAUUCACUUGGCCUCAAAGAGUAGAGAGAAGGAAGAGAAGAGCCCAGACUUCAAGAAGCGACCUUGCAAGUGCACUCGAGGGUCAGAAACUGUAUAUCAUAUCUAUGUGAGAGAAAGGGGAACAUUUGAGAUGGAGUCCAUUUACUUGAGAUCUAGCAAUUUAACUCUGGAGUCCUUCAAGACUGCUGUUCUUACGAAGUUCACGUCCCUGAAUCAUGUUCCUGUAUGGAAGCCUGAAAGACCUGAAAUUCUAAAAGGUGGUGAUGAAUUGAAGGUUUACAAAAUAUACCCUGCGGGCUUGACACAGAGGCAAGCUCUUUAUACCUUCAAGUUCAACGGGGAUGUUGAUUUCAGAAGUCACUUGGAAAGCAAUCCUUGUGCCAAGUUUGAAGUCAUUUUUGUGUAGCAUAUGUUGCGCUACCUACAAUUUACAUGAUCGCUUAGCAAUAGCUCUUUCAAUUAACCGAGAGAAUGAAGUUUUAGGAAUGAGUAUGACCAUGGAGUUGGCAUGGCUUUGUAAUGCCAACCCUACUUUGGCCAACUCAUUGGGGAUUUACAUUCAGAAAAUAUACAUGACUUCAACCAAACUUAAACCCCUUUUUGUAAGAGAACGGAAUGUCCAUAUUUAAUGUUGGGUUAUAGUGUUUUUACUUGAUUAUGUCCAAACACAGUUGUAAGAUAGACAACAAGAUAGUGGUUGUAUACUUUGGUUGUUUUUUUAUAGCUUAA